AAAAGGAAGAAACAGAGAAAGAGCAACAAGCAGCAAAAAAUAAGGUUUCUUGAAUAAAAAAAAAAAAACCACCAACUUUCUCUUCAACAUCAAACACUUUGAAGUUUGAACAGCAAUGGUUGAUCCUCCUAUUUGUCUUUCAAAAUCUAAUCACAACCUCCCAAAAAUCUGCAAAUGCUUUCAAUUGGGUCUCUCUGUCUCUCUCUCGGAACUACUCCAAAACCUCUAAAACCCUCUAAAACCCCUAAACCCAUUCGCAAGCUUUAUGCAACUAAAGCAAUGGCUGGAUCAAACCCCAGAAAAGUUUCAACUUUUGAGUUUAGGGAUUUGAUGGAGACUUUUGCGGUGGAUGUUAAGAGGGCAGAAAAUAGGCCAUUGAAUGUGCCAUUGAUUGCACCUUUUACAAUAGCUUCAUCAAGGCUUGAUAAAGUGGAGAACGUGGCAAUUAGGAUUGAAUUGAGUGAUGGUUGUGUGGGGUGGGGUGAGGCACCGAUAUUGCCAUUUGUUACUGCAGAGGAUCAGUCCACUGCUAUGAUUAAGGCUAGAGAGGCUUGUGAGUUGCUGAAGAACAGUUCAUCGAUGAAGUUGGGCUUGGUUUUGGAGAGAGUUUCUGAGAUUCUUCCUGGACAUGAGUUUGCUUCUGUUAGAGCAGGAGUUGAGAUGGCAUUGAUUGAUGCAGUGGCUAAAAGCAUCAAUGUACCUUUAUGGAUAUUAUUUGGUGGAGCUUCUGAUAGCAUAACAACUGAUAUAACAAUUCCAAUUGUAUCUUCUGCAGAAGCUGCUGAAUUAGCUUCAAAAUAUCGGAAACAAGGAUUCCAAACUUUGAAGUUGAAGGUGGGAAAGAACCUUAGGGAGGACAUAAAAGUUCUUCAAGCUAUACGUGCAGUCCAUCCUGAUUGCUUAUUUAUCUUGGAUGCUAAUGAGGGUUAUAAACCAGAGGAAGCUAUUGAAGUUCUUGAAGAACUGCACAAAAUGGGGGUAACUCCCAUUCUUUUUGAACAACCAGUUCAUAGAGAUGAUUGGGAAGGUCUUGGUCAUGUUACUCAUAUCGCAAAAGGCAAAUAUGGGGUAUCAGUUGCAGCAGAUGAGAGUUGUCGUAGCUUAGUUGAUGCAAAGAGAAUAAUAAAAGGAAAUCUUGCAGAUGUCAUUAACAUUAAGCUUGCUAAAGUUGGUGUUGUUGGGGGACUUGAAAUUAUUGAGGAGGCAAGGACAUCAGGAUUGGAUCUGAUGAUUGGUGGAAUGGUUGAGACCAGACUAGCCAUGGGCUUUGCUGGUCAUCUUGCUGCUGGCUUUGGCUGUUUCAAGUUCAUUGAUUUGGACACACCCCUUUUACUGUCAGAAGAUCCUGUCCUUGAGGGUUAUGAAGUAUCGGGUGCUGUUUACAAAUUCACAGAAGCUCAAGGGCAUGCUGGUUUCCUUGACUGGGACAAUGUUUUGUGGAUUAAGCAUGCUUACCAAGACAUAAAAGAAAGAAGACUGCCUUGGCAUGCCAAUGCCUUGCACAACUCCGAGUGAUAACUGAUAAGCCUGGUUUGUGGGUGAUUAGUGCUGUGAAUACUUGUUCAACCACUGCAUAUAACCUAAAUGUUUAGUGAUUUGCGAAUAAAAGGUUCAAGUGUCUGUGAUAUACCUAAUGAAUUAUUAAGCAAUUAUUGGUGUUACACAUGUUCAGAAGGAUGAGUUUCUCAAAACACCUCUCCCCUUAUGGUUGGUGUGAUCUUCUUAGGUGAAAAGAUAGUUGAUUUGCACUGCAAGCUAACAUCCUUUUCUACAGAUGGGUUCGAUUGAGAGAUGUAGAACUUAACCAGGUGCUAGCCUCCCAACAUUUUAGGGUUUGUAAGUGGCCGCAAUCACAUAGAGGGUUGAUUGCAUUAUAUUCGAAAGGGGUUUGGUGAA